UGCAAGCUGCAAAGCCGACCCCGCGAAUUCAUUACAGUAAACAUCUCCCGGGGGUGUCAGGAGGGGUGGGGGUGGGGACCUCAGCAUCUACAUUAGCGGAACCGGUCCGAUCAAGGCAGCAGUGUGGCUGGAGCAGCCUCCAGACUCGCGCCCCGCAGACGCUGCACUCGGAGUCAGCCCCGCGCCCGCCCCCGCUCAGCCCGAACUGCACGCCUUGCUGCGCGUGGUCCGCACAUUCGCUGCGACCGAACGCCCGCCCAGUUCUCCGGCCGACUCCCGUGGUCCUCGGUCUCGGAGAAGUCCCGAACUCGACAGGGACGCUCUCCACCGCCCUUCUAGUCCGCCCUACUUUAUUCGGGGUACGAGGCGGAGAGCGGGGGGGAGACGGAAGAAGAGAGGAGAGGAAACCCGGAGCUGUGGCAGCCGGAGCCUAGAUAAAGUGGCAUGCUGGACCCUUGGAGGCGGAGGUGGCGGAGGACGGGGGAAGAGGAUGCCGCGGCUCCGUAGGGGACGUAGGCGACUACAGGCAAGGCGAGCAGGGCGCUUGGGCGCCGGUAAGCUGCCGGGAGGCGCGCACGGCUCUGAGGCUCUGGCCUCAGCUUCCCGGAGCUCCGACACAGCCAGAGACGUAGCUGGAUUGCAGCAGUCACCGCCGCCACCUGGAGGACCCAGCAAAAGUUUGGAUCUGGGGGAGGGCGUUGCGCUGAGCGGGAUUACCCCCGGGGCUGGAGAGAGACCUGGAAAACCUUAGCAGGGCAGGGGGUUGAAGAAUGGGAUGGCCUUUUACAUGUUAGAACUCUGCCGUAGAGCUACAUCCCUGGCUCAAGCUGGCUGUGUCUUCAGCAUCCCCUCUGAUGGUUGCAGACUCUGUUUAACCAAGAAAUUCCUAGGCUGCUCUGCACUGGCCUGACUUCCUAUAGAAGAAGCAAGAUUUGUCUGACUGGCUGGACUUCUGUUGACAGUACUUACCACUUGGCAUCACUCUUCUCUUCUGUGGAAAAUCCUUCCUGUUGAGUUGUUUUGCCCACGGAGGACGGCCGCAGGAGGGCGACAUAGGCAGAUGAGACUAAACACAUCAGGAGGAUAGUUUUACCAUCUGCCUUCAGGCCAUUUCCUCAAACAGAAACUCUAGACUUUGACAGAAUCUGCUUCAGUAAUUUUGAUUUUGCUUCCUGUUUUGUUUUUUUUCCCUUUUUACUAUUAUUUGCCAUUGCCUUUGUUUUUAGUAUCCCACCCCCUCCAUCCCUUUGUAUUUUAUUUCUGUCCUUCAGCAAUGGGCCUGCAGACUACCAAGUGGCCCAGCCAUAGGGCUUUUUUUCUAAAACUUUGGCUCAUCAUUUCCCUGGGGCUCUCCUCACAAGUGUCAAAACUCCUGGCCUGCCCUAGUGUAUGCCGCUGUGACAGGAACUUUGUCUACUGUAAUGAGCGAAGCUUGACCUCAGUGCCUCUUGGGAUCCCGGAGGGCGUAACCGUACUCUACCUCCACAAUAACCAAAUUAAUAAUGCUGGAUUUCCUGCAGAGCUGCACAAUGUGCAAUCAGUGCACACGGUCUACCUGUAUGGCAACCAACUGGAUGAAUUCCCCAUGAACCUUCCCAAGAACGUCAGAGUCCUCCACCUGCAGGAAAACAACAUCCAGACCAUCUCGCGUGCUGCGCUCGCUCAGCUCCUGAAGCUGGAGGAACUACACCUAGAUGACAACUCCAUAUCUACAGUGGGGGUGGAGGACGGAGCUUUCCGAGAGGCCAUUAGCCUCAAACUGUUGUUCUUAUCGAAGAAUCACCUGAGCAGCGUGCCUGUUGGGCUUCCUGUAGACUUGCAAGAGCUGAGAGUGGAUGAAAACCGAAUCGCAGUGAUAUCAGACAUGGCCUUUCAGAACCUCACAAGCUUGGAGCGUCUGAUUGUGGAUGGGAAUCUUCUGACCAACAAGGGCAUUGCUGAGGGCACCUUCAGCCAUCUCACCAAGCUCAAGGAAUUUUCCAUAGUCCGUAACUCGCUCUCCCACCCACCUCCUGACCUCCCAGGUACGCACCUGAUCAGGCUCUACCUGCAGGAUAACCAGAUAACCCACAUCCCAUUGUCAGCCUUCUCAAACCUCCGUAAGCUGGAACGGCUAGAUAUAUCCAACAAUCAGCUACGAAUGUUAACUCAAGGCGUCUUCGAUCAUCUCUCCAACCUGAAACAACUCACUGCUCGGAAUAACCCUUGGUUUUGUGACUGCAGUAUUAAAUGGGUCACCGAAUGGCUCAAAUAUAUCCCUUCUUCUCUUAACGUGCGUGGUUUCAUGUGCCAAGGUCCUGAGCAAGUGCGAGGAAUGGCUGUCAGGGAGCUGAAUAUGAAUCUUUUAUCUUGUCCCACCACCACCCCUGGACUGCCUGUCUUCACCCCAGCUCCAACUACAGUCUCUCCCACAACUCAGUCUCCUACUCCCUCUGUUCCAAGCCCCAGCAAAGGCUCUGUGCCUCUAGCUCCCACCCCCUCGAAACUCCCCACCAUCCCUGACUGGGAUGGCAGAGAAAGAGUGACCCCACCUGUUUCUGAAAGGAUCCAGCUUUCCAUCCACUUUGUUAACGAUACUUCGAUUCAAGUCAGCUGGCUGUCUCUCUUUACUGUGAUGGCAUACAAACUGACAUGGGUAAAAUUGGGCCACAGUCUUGUAGGGGGAAUUGUUCAGGAACGGAUUGUCAGUGGUGAGAAGCAACACCUGAAUCUGGUUAACUUAGAGCCCAGAUCCACCUAUCGGAUUUGUUUAGUGCCAUUGGAUGCGUUCAACUACCGCACGGUGGAGGAUACCAUCUGUUCCGAGGCCACUACCCAUGCCUCGUAUUUGAACAAUGGCAGUAACACUGCUUCUAGCCACGAGCAGACAACUUCCCACAGCAUGGGCUCCCCUUUUCUGCUGGCGGGCUUAAUCGGGGGUGCAGUGAUUUUUGUGCUCGUGGUUUUGCUCAGCGUGUUUUGCUGGCAUAUGCACAAAAAGGGACGCUACACCUCCCAGAAGUGGAAAUACAACAGGGGCCGACGGAAAGAUGACUAUUGUGAGGCAGGCACCAAAAAGGACAACUCCAUCCUGGAGAUGACAGAAACCAGUUUUCAGAUUGUCUCCUUAAAUAACGAUCAGCUCCUUAAAGGAGAUUUCAGACUGCAGCCCAUCUAUACCCCAAAUGGGGGCAUUAAUUACACAGACUGCCAUAUCCCCAACAACAUGAGAUACUGCAACAGCAGUGUGCCGGAUCUGGAGCAUUGCCAUACGUAACAGCCAGAGGUCCAGCGUCAGAAAAGUGGACAACCAAACUCUCAAGAACACACAUGAGUGUGCACAUAAAGACACUCAAAUUACAUUUGAUAAAUGUUACCCAGAUGCGUUUGUGCAUUUGAAUACUCUGUAAUUUAUACGGUGUACUAUAUAAUGGGAUUUAAAAAAAAGUGCUAUCUUUUCUAUUUCAAGUUAAUUACAAACAGUUUUGUAACUCUUUGCUUUUUAAAAUUAAAAAAAAAUGUUGCUGAAGUACUGUACUGGGUUGUACAAUGAGGACCCAAUGCCAAGGCAGAAGAAUGAGUGAUUCAUACUUAAGAUGCAUAUUAACCACUUUGCUGUUGAAGCUGUCAGAAUAAAUUCCUUCUCUAUAGCUGAUAGUCAUAGGAAAGGAUAGAUUCAGAUGGGCUCAUCAGGGUAAGAGGGAUAGUUUGAGUAAAGAAAGAAUGACCUAGUUAUUUCUGUUUUCUAUACCUCUUGGCCUGGAAGAAACGCUGUUUGAAAAAUCCAUAAUAUAAUAAUAGAGGUAGUUAUUCCAAUUUGACCCAGUACAAGAAAUAGAACAUCAUGAGGAAUCCAGUUCCCAUGAGAUAAGUUAGGUCUACUUGACCAAAUCAAAGAAACUGAGAGGUUUGAAAUGUCCUUAAAACUCCAGGGUUGGCUUUCUGACUGUGAACUUCAUGCUUCCCUGGCCUUAAGUGAUAACAGAAUUGGAAACCUGAGUCUGAUUCUAGUCAUCUUCAGGGACCAAUAUGAUCAGUUCUAGCAAGAAAAUUCCCCUCAAAACUGUCACUAUUCAAAUAAGAUGUCAGGUGGAAGUAUAUCCAAUAGAGUUAUAUUCUAGAAUAAUUUUUUAGAAGAGGCUAAUAAAAAUAAUGGGAAGAAUUAUAUUGAAUGGAAUUAUUUUUGAUAAUGAAAAUUAUUUGGGUAGAUUCACUGAGGCUAUAUCAACAUGGUGUUUAGACCAACAAAGAACAGUGUUUGGACUAUAUUAACAGUGAUGUGUUUACUUAAAAAGUACUAAUACCACUUAGGAAAAAACAUCAGUGAUACUCUUACACUGUAUCAGCUGACUUUGUUAGUAUCAUGUUGAAAUAGCUUGAGUUAAUACCUAUAUCCCCUCUCAAAUUCUUGUCUUCCAAUCAUCUUGCGUAUAUUUUUUGUAAUUAAGUUGUAUAUCCCCCCUUUGUUUCCCAUCCACCACCUCUGCUUAGUAUUUCAAAGAAAUUGUGGACGCGAAUCUUGGUCGCACAAAUGAUCCCUGUGUAUUUCUAUGUAUUAAAAUCCAUAUUAAUAUCAAUUGCCAAUGAUUCUGUGGAGACACCAAACUGGCCAAAAUAAUGCGUAUUGUUAAAAAGCAAUACUAUGUUUCCAUUAGGAAUUAGCUUUGAUCCUUUUCCACAUUCAAAAUUCCCACUUGUUCCUUUUCAGUUGUGGAUGUCCCUCUAAUUUGUUCAUCUGAGGGUGAUAAUUAACUUUAUGCUAAAAGACCACCAAUGAAAAUGAGUAAGUCAGAGAAUGCAAUAUUUCUCUCAUCCUGGCAGAGGGUAUAGGAAAGCAAGGGAUGCCCACUAUUGAUGCUAGAUAUUUUUGAAGCAAGUCCAUUUUCAGAAAGCAUGAAUAAUUUACCCUAAUUAUUGUCAUCCCUUAGGUGUAGAAGGGCUAUAGACCACAUACAUUGCUUAAAGAAAUUUACCCUUGGGAAAUUUUUUUUUCGAAACCACCUUUAGGCAUUUCAUUCUGUAUUCCUUUACAACCAUCCAUCACUUUAGGGACUCAUGAAGUAAAUGUCACCCUCUUCUUGCUUUCUCUUUCUCUCUAAGCAAAAUAAAACUGUGAUGUGUCUUCUUGUAAAAUUUUAAGUAUAAAAUGCUAUGCAAGCUUUUCUUUAUAGCAAGAGCUUUAUUUUCUUUAAUAAUAUACCCUGACUUAUAUGUUUUAAUCUCCCUCAUUCCUCAGAAUAAGCAGAAAAUAUAACUGCAGCGAUAAUGUUAUAGACACAAGCAUUGAGAUGUGCAGUCAGUAGAGCUGAACAUAGUUAUGAAUUAAUUUAAUUAAUUCUAAAGUGACUCGGGUUUCCUCUUUCGUCUAUUAGCUAGCGGGUUUGGGCUGUUGGUUCCUUAAAAGUAGGUUCACACAGUGAAGAAAUAAGACCAUCUGGAAUGGUGAUCAGUGGAGCGUUACAUCAUCAAAAAUCAGGACAGUGAUAUGGGGCUCCGUGUAUUAGCUAAGUGUUUUCCUUUCACUGUCCUCUUGCAUCUCACUGUAGGUAAAACUGUGUGCUGAAAAUUAUAAUGGUACUUUGGUUUUUGAAGAUUUCUAUUUUGUUAUAAACAAGAUAAUCAGUAUUGUCGGUUCGUACUGUAUGUUUAACUUCCAGUGGGAUUCAGGACUAUGGAAAUGUCUUUUCUUUGACCCAGCAGAAAGAUGGCAUGGUUCCCACAAUGUUGAAUGGCAUCCACAACACUAUAGAAAGUUGAAGUGGUACUGAAGAGACCCAGUCAUGUACAAUGGUUAAGUUGCUUGCAAAAUUGCUCUGGUAGAGGUGUUUAAAAAAAAAAAAAAAAGAUCUUCAUUUUGAUUUAUGAGCAGCAUAGCAAAGACAUCUGCCAUGAAAAUCAGACUACUAUCUGUAGAAGUGUGCUUUAGGGACUCCUACACCAGAGUCAAAAUCACAUCGUGUAAUCUGUACUAGCUUAUGAUACAUUUACAAAAGUAGAUGAGCACCAGUCCUUACUGGAUGAUAUUUUGACUGGCACCUUUAGUCAGGAGACUGUCCUGCAGUUGUAUCUCCUAUGUGUUUGGUCCUCUCUUAGCCUCAUCAUUAUUUCUUUUGAGGUGAUUAAUUAAGAGUUAAAGUUGAGUUUUCUCAGAUAGUUUCACCCUCCCUGUCAGUACAAUAACUGUAACUACUAGAGGACAUUGCAAAAGAAAAAAGUAAAUCAAGGUCACACAGAUGUUAUCAGUGAUUAAACAGAAGGUAAUCACCAGUACCUCCUUGCUUACAGAGAUGCAUAUGACCCUGGAGCAACCCUGGGUUUCACUUAAACACAGUCACUUCCUUGGCUAGGAAGUACAACACUUGUGACAAUCACAGACAUGAGAAGGGUGUUACCUAUUUAUUUAUAAUAUAAGCGGAAUAAUCCUCCCUUGAGAGAAAUAAUGCUAUUUCUAAUUUUCCAGAUGUUUGUUGAUACAAUAUUAGACAUUUUCACCCAAGGGUAAAAUAGAAAAAAAGAAACUAUAAUGUGAUCUUUUUGGAAAAAAAGUGUAUUAACGGUGUAACUAAUAUUACACCUCUGUUUUUUUAAAUAGUGGAGGUCAUAAUGGUCUUAGUCAUGCCGCACAGCCAGAACUUCCUUCUUCCCUGGAGAAAGCAUAACUCUUCAUGUGAGGAGAGCAUCCAUUUCAAAUACAAGGCACCAUUGUUUUCUUCAGAGGCAGGUGCUACACUGGAUCAGCAAAUUUCAGCUGCAGCAUCCCUGCAGCUUUUGACAGUGAGGUGAUUAAUUUUCAUCAAUGUCUUUUUCUAGGGUUUAUCUCUGACCUAUCAAAAGGGGAUAUUAGAUGUUGCUUUAGAACUUGAGAAUAACACAUAAACUCAAAACUUGCUUCUCCAACUAAAUGGGAAAGCAAAAAGGAAGAGUGAACAACAGGGAAACAAUACACACACACACACAAAAACAAAAACAACAAGUCUCAAUUAUUAAUCUUGUCAAACUUAGCUUCUUCUUUUUUUAGUUAAGAUAAAUAAUGGUAGGAAGCUGUAUCUACACCCUUCUCCAGUUUCUUCAGCAGGAUUGAAGCAAUUGUUGGCAACUGCAAUGCUUUUCACUGAUUGUGGAGAAUACAUUUUGUACACAGUAUGAAGCUGUUUUAGCAAACCAGGUUGUUUUGUUAUAGUAUUUCAUUUUAUAGCUGCACAUCCACCAGAAGAGCACAAACCAAGGCCAUUGCGACAAGCAUUUUAAAAUUAACAUAAAACAUGCAAUUCCAUGCAUACAUAAUACAUGGACUGUUUGUAAAGGUGUCUGUGGAAUGUGAGAUUUGUAGCCAGCUCCAACAAAAUGAGGCAUCACUAUUGUAUGCCCUCAUAGGAUAAUAUUUACUGAAUGUUAAGUUUGAUGAUCUGUUACUAUUUGAAGCAUAUGUUGAUUUGAUUUCAGUUUGUGUUUAGUGUGUUUCUCUGACAAGGGACUUCAAGGGGCUGGAAGAUUCCAUGUCAUGCAUCCUCUGAGACCUACCAUGUUGCACACUUUGUUAACUACCAACUUCACUCUACACUAUACAGUACCUUGUUGAUAUAUUCAGUAAAGGCUUAUUUUAAAAGAAAACCCAUUGUGUUUAUCUGAGUAAAUUCACCGGAAUGUAACCAGUACUUCUGCUGUAAUGUAAAUGAGAAACAUGAGAAAUUCUUCAUAGACAACAAAGAAGGCAGAAAUGAAGCAGACUGUAAAGUGUUCGUACCCUGCUACUGUAAAAGCAACAUCUAUUUUUAAAGACAGUGAUCUCUCUGUGUAAAAGGAUAAUGUGAUGGUUCCUCCCUUUUUCCCCACUGAAAUAAUCUCAGAAGAUAGAUUUAUGUACACACCACAGCAGAAAGCACAGCCUUCUCUGUUUGAGAAAUACAAACAGAUACGUAUAAUAUGUACACAAUUACACAAGUCUUUUUUUCACAAUAUACACUAUUGAUUUUGAUUGUUAACUUUGAGAAUUCUUGGCCCCCUUCUUUUUUGUAAAGAAUUGCUCACUGUUCAUCUGUACUUUCCGAUGGAUACUCCAGGUAGUACAUCUACCCAUAUAACUCAGAUCUGAUUCUAGAUUAGUCCCAAAUGAUUUUACAGAACCCCCUUCUCUAACAUUUGACCAUUUCACCACUGAUGAAUUUGGCAUGUGUAGUGUGGAGCUGCAGGCUGCGUUCCUGCCACCCUGCUCCUGGCCGC